GACCUAGAGGGUGUCCACACGGUAAGGUUGGGAGCAGCUAUGGGACUCUCUCUCUCUCUCUCUCUCUCUCUCUCUCUCCUUCUCCCUGUCUCUCUCUCUCUCUCUUAACUUUUAGAACAAUCCAUUUCAAUCCAGUGUGGGAGGGAGACAGACAAAAGUGGAUGGCUCUAGACCAGGAUUCACAGCUUUAAAAGCAGGAGCGAGAUUUGGACUUUAGGAUAAAUCCUGCCACUGGGAAGAGUUGCGUGAGGGUGGAAUAUAUCACACUUUCAUUGGAAGUUCCACUUCUGAGAGUUGACAGAGGCAACACUAACAGGGUGGGCCGUGGUUGAGGGAGUCCAGAUGGCAGGAGUGAAGGGCCCAGCCUGCACUGGAGCCUGGCUCUAGAGCCCACAGGGGCUCACACUUCAACUGGACACAUUCCACAGGACGUUUGCCCAUGAGGUCGCCGCCACUGGUCCUGCUCCUCCUGAUGGGCGUCCAAGCUGUACUGAACAUGGGAGGUGGGCGGGCCCUAAGCACAGAGGCAGCCAACCACGACGCAGGACAGCAGACAGCAGCCGAUCACAGAGCGGGGCAGCAGCAGCAGCAGACGGCGGCGGGGGACCACCUCCCCGAGCAUCGCGCUACGUCGCCGCCGGAACGCCGCAGGAACAGCCAUCACAGGACCAGGCGGCCCCACCGGCCCCCCGCCACUCAGACCCCGGGAGCUGUGUCCGUUCCUCAGUCCAUCUCUCCCCUUGACCUCUCCAUCCCCGAGGUGGACCCCAAAAUCUUCUCCAAGAGGCGCUUCCGCUCCUCGCCCCGGGUGGUCUUCAGCGAGACCCCCCCGUCGCACGACGUGCCAGAGGGGAAGGACUCCGACGUGAGCGGGGGGGCCGGCGGCGGCCGGGGGUCCCGGGUGCGGCGGCGGGCCGGGACCCAGCUGAUGCACCGGGGGGAGUACUCGGUGUGCGACAGCGUCAGCGACUGGGUGGGCAACCGCACCACCGCCACAGACAUCUGGGGCAACGAGGUGACGGUGUUGCCCAACGUCCGCAUCGAGAACCUGGUGAAGAAGCAGUUCUUCUACGAGACCACCUGCCUGUCGCCCACGCAGAGGGGUCCCGGGGGCAGCGGCGCCGCCGGUGGAGGAGGCGGGGGUGGAGCCGCUGGAGCCGGCGGUAACAGAGGCGGGGGCAGGGCGGGCGCCAGGAGCCGGAAGCAGAGCUCCAGGGCGGCGGACUCUGGGUGCCGCGGGAUCGACGUCCGCUACUGGAACUCCUACUGCACCAACACGCACACGUACGUCAGUGCCAUGACCACGUUCGAGGAGAAGGCGGCCUGGCGCAACAUCCGCAUCAACGUGGCGUGCGUGUGCGUGCUCACACGCAAGUCCUGGCAGGGCCGGGCGGGGCGCUGACCCAGGGGAUGACCCCCCCACUACUCCUGAACUGAACCCCCACUGAACUUUGAACCCUCAAAGCCCUUAGACACACCACAGACGGAAUGACUUACACUCAGCAAACUCAACCCACACGCACAGAGGUUCUCACUCCUACCACUGGACCCACAUGCUUCCUACCCAGCAGCCACUGCAACGUUAUCGCCAAUACUGUAAACCGAUUCCAUCCCCCGUCACCUCUAUAAACAUGCACCGAGACUAAACACACACGCGCGCGACGCACACACACACACACACGCAUAGAUACAAACACACACCUUCACUCACACCCACACACACAUAAACACAUGCUCGUGCACACACAUACAUAAACACACACACACACACACACAGACACUAACACAAGCACACACACAUACACUCAAUGACACACACUGACACACACAGAAGCACACACAAAAACAGAAACACACGCACACACAUCCUCGGCCUGUGACUCUACCUCAGUCCGAGAAGUCUGGUUAUUUUAAGUUAUGAGGACUGCGUGUCAUAUUUAUAGUUUAUACAGUCUAAUAUGAAUAUAUAAGUAUGUAUAUAUACAAAAUGAAUUCAAGCUUUACAUGUUGUUGUUGUUGUUGUUGUUGUUGUGUUGUUCAUGCUGUUAUUUAUUAAACACCUCAGUACAUGC